AUGACUGAUUAAAACGCUAACGCUAACAGUGAAUAUCUUAAUCUUAAAGUUAAAUCUUAGGAAGGAGAAGAAAUUUUCUUUAAAAUUAAAAAAACUACUCAAUUUAAGAAACUUAUGGAUGCUUACUGUCAAAGAGCUUAAGUUAACGCCCAUAAUGUAAGAUUCCUCUUCGAUGGUGAUAGAAUCCUUGAAUCUCACACCCCCGCUGAUCUUAAAAUGGAAAGUGGAGAUGAAAUCGACGUUGUUGUUGAACAAGUUGGUGGCUCUUUCUGA